CAGCUCAGACUGAUGCGGUUUCGGGCGUUCCAUAGCUUAUCGCUUGUUCUUCAGUCAACGGUGUUAACUCAAACAAUACCUUUCCUGUUUCGUGAAGUCUAGAUAACUUGGACGGUUUUAUAAAUUAAGAUAGAGGAAACAAGAGUGCGGGGUAGAAGCAAAGCGACGCGAGGAAAUCAAGAGGGACACGCAGAAAAUAAAAGACGACAGAAACAUGCCUGUUGCUGCUGCAUCCAAAAUCUUUAUGGUGGCCAUUUUGCUUUGUGGAACUGUUAAGGCAUUGAUGGAAGACCGGGUUUUGACAGAAGAUGCAAAAUGUGGGCCAUCUGUUGAAAAUAAUGGAGGGCAAUUAUUCAGGCAAAUGUAG